UGUAAACGACGACAGUGGAGUGCAUGUAAACAACAUGUUUGUUUAUUUAAUUUUUUCCGGUGAAUUGUGAAUGUAAUACUCUGUAACCAAUGGAAGAUUAUGUAGAACAUUUGUGGCGUUCAGCGGACAGUCUUCCACAGACAGGCACGGAAAAUACGAAAGUUCGCUCAUAUUUAUUAUCUCUUUGCAAGGAAAUUUUAGCAAAGGAAGGUCUUGAACCACCAAGCAAAUUCUUUGGUGGAUAUGCAAUAUGUAAAUUUUGUUUAAAUCAUUGGAAAUCAGGACGAUUUACAGUUAGAAUUCUUCCUAGGGUAGUUCCUGGUAAACGAAUGAAGAAAAUAAUUCGAAAAAAGCUCUCAGAUACAAUAUCUCUGAACAAGCAUGAGCUGCGUCUCUUUGAAAGAUAUGAAAAGAGCAACAACAAUAAAUUGAUUAUCACGUGCCUUGAAUGCCACAAGAAGACAAUAAUUUCUUCCAAGAAGCCAUUCACCAAUUUCUACAAAGCUAAAGAAUCGGAAUCAGCCCCUGAAUAUAAUGAAACACAGACACCAAGCAAGAAGAAAAAGAAAAAGAAACGUGAUCCAUUUGCUGGGCUAAAACCCUCUGUUUGCACCCCUCUUUCCACCAAAAUUAAGAACAGUCCAGUAGGAAUUUCUAGUCCUGCACGGAAAAUAAAUUCGAAAAGUUCAACUGCUGGAAGUGUUUCUGUGAGACAAAAGAGUACUCCUCUUAGUACCAAGACUGGUUACAAGAGUAGAAUAAAGAACACAAAUACUCUGCAAAAACUUCUAGCAAAUAGCUCUAAAAAGCAAAAAGUGUCUUCACUGAAAGUGUUCCUGGACUCUGUGACAUGACUGGCUGUUUUGCCUUUGUGUAUAAAAUGUAAAUAUUGAGAGUAUCAGGUAUAUUCUUUACAUAUUCCAUUAUUGUUGGGUAUUGAAAAUCCUUCACAAAUUUCUGAAAUAUUGUAAAUACUGCUAAAGAAAAUUCUAGUUACAUUGCAGAAGAUAAGCUUGAAUGGCUCAGUAUACACAAUGACAGCUAAGAUUAGUAUUAUGUCUUCACUUUAUGAAGUGUUAUGGUGCGUAGGCUGAUAGGAGUCACUGCAUCAAUAAAAGUCAAAAGGCUGUAAAUGACUAUGGAAUGAUAUUCUCUCAUUUCCAGUUGCUACCAAGCUUAGCUUUCAAAAGUGAGUGCUGGCCCACUAAUAUUGUUGUAAAAAUAGUGUUUCCAAAUUAACCAUGCUGUGCCAGUUUGUAUCGUGAAGCUGUUUGUUAUGUAUUUAUAUUGAAAAUGAGUGAUGGAUGUGAUGCUACUACAUUGAAACUGACACUCUCAACUAUUUCGAUGCCUGUCCAUGGAAAGAGAGUUGUGAUUCAGAACCAGCCUCACAAAAUGAUGCUAAAUGUCAUAAAAUGCGUUAUCAUACUUGACUUCCGAAUAAAUAUACAGUUAUACAUACAGAUAUACAUACAAUUUUUAAAUUACCCUGUAGAUAGACAAAGAAUGAUGAUUAAGGCACAAAAAUAGACUUAAGCAUACUCAGGAGGUAUUAUUCAUUUUGGCUUAGAAAUUCAUCUAUACUGUUACAUCACAUUUAUUAUCAUUUUUCACGAAUCCCGUGGUUUUUCUUUAUAUAGAUACAUGGAUAUUGUGCAAUUCUAAUGCAGACAGAGUUAUGAGCUAUAAUCCUUGUGAAAAUAUUCAUCGAUGUAGUAGAAGGUGUUGGCCAACAGGAAGUUCUUUGAUUCACUCUGAAACCGAUCUU